AUAAACUACAAUUCAAAGUUUAUUUAUCAGAAAUUAAAUUGUUGCAUUGGCUGUGGGUUUAAGAAAGAGCAACUGCCUCCAGAGAUGAUCUGUACAAUCAAUCAGUUUAGAGACAUCACUCCUGCUAGCACAUUUCAUGAAGAUACUUAGGUUGAUGUUACAAACAGACAAAACAGCAUUUAACUGUUUUUAAAAGAGACUUAAAGUACUUUAGGAGCAUCAAAGUUUGAUUACAAUCAUUAAUUUCAGUCUUUAACAUGAAUAGUAAAGAUAUCAAGAUUAUAUUUACUUAAAAUAUUUUACAUUAUGUAGGGUGAUUUUAUGUACAAAAAUAGCAAAUUACAAAUUCAGCCUCAUAAAAAGUUCACAAAAACCUUUCAUUAAUACCUUGCGCACUGCAAGGGGCAAUAAAAGGGCAUGUUCUUGGCCAUAGUAACAAUCGGGCAAUCACAGCAUGGCUGAUCAGUGUUUCUACUAUCGACCUGUAUUGCCUUUUCUUGCAGUGAACGAAAGUGCAAUGAUCUCAAAUAAUUCAACCCUGCCAUACUAAUCAUCAACAGCAGAGGUGUUCAAAGAACUGAAUAAGCAAGAUCAUAAUUAGCCAGAUCUGAACAUCUCUGAUGUCUCAUUUGAUCUCGGAUGUAUUAGGCGACGUACAAAGAACGGACCCCUGACAUAAAAAAAAUAUUGGAAAACUAAUAGCCAGUUUUUCAUUUUUAAUGUAGAACAGACACAAGAAGCAUUUAAAAGAUGAUUUAUUCUUUAUUAAUAAUUCUGUGUAUACUUUUAUUAAUCACCUCAGCAAUUUGGAAGCGGUGGCCAAAGGCCCAGACCAGAUCCCAGAUCCCCACUGGAGGAGGGUGAUGCAUCUGCUGGGCCCGUCCACUACCCACUGGAGGAGGGUGGUGCAUCUGCUGGGCCUGUCUACUCCUCAUUGGAGAAGGGGGAUGCCUCUGCUGGGCAGGUCUACUCCCCAUUGGAUGAGGGCGAUGCCUCUGCUGGGCCCGUCUACUCUCCAUUGGAGGAGGGUGAUGCCUCUGCUGGGCCCGUCUGCUCCCCAUUUGAGGAGAGAGAUGCCUCUGCAAGUCCCGUCCACUCCCCAAUUGAGAGUGAUGCCUCUACCAGGACUGUCCUCGCCCCAUUUGAGGAAAGUGGGUUCGUCACUCCAGCUCCGGACACCAGGUGUGAUGCCAGAGGGAUUCCUGGAUGGGAGGCAGUUGAUGCCUUGGCAGGUUACCUGGUUGGCCUUAACCGAACCAUAACAGCACUCUCCAAUGCUGAAGUGGCAGAGAUUUUGAGGUUAUACUCUCAUCUAAGUGCCUUUGACAAGACCCCCACCAGUUACUCCCUCAAGAGCAAAAAACAAAAUUUGUCAGGACCUUGGAGGGCUUCAAGAAAACGCAGUGGCUCUGCUCCAGGCCAGCAAGCAGCUGAGAGAUUGUUCAUGGUCCAUGGUCAGGCUGCUCACAGACCAGACAAGAACCGAAUUUCUGAAUGUGUUGCUCUCAAGUUGUACAAAGAGUACAAGCAACCCAGAAAUAGGCCAAAGGACAAUAAAGGGAGGAGAUUUGCCAUACCCCAGUCCAUUGUAAUGACCUACUCACACAUCAAGCAGCUAGUUGAGUACUGCAAAGAGAUCAUGAACAGGACUGACCUCGUACUGGUUAAUAUUAACAACACCACAGUGUCCGACUGGCUGCAAGAUUGCUCUAAGACAUCAGAAAAGGGUUCUUUACUUCAGGGCGUGCGGCUUCCACGGCAGAUUGCCGUGGCUAAAGAAUCCCUCCUGGAGGUUCGUGACCUACCAUCACAGCCAGUUCAGCAUGGACACACUCCUUUGGAGUUCCAGGAGCCUGAAAACCGUGAGGGUGAGGCAAAAAUCCGCAGGCGAAACAGUUCCAGAACACCUGCUAUUCCACACAGUGGUGGGGAAGAAGCAAGUAUUGCCCAACACGAUGCUGCUUCUUCUCAAAACAUCAGUACGGAGGGCUGGUCCUCUGCCAACCAGCCAUCCCCAACACAGUACCAGAGCUGGUCUUCCUACCAGGCGCCCCUGGCACACUCUCAUGUUUGGUCCUCCACCCACCCACAACCCUCAGCAUCCUCCCAGGGCUGGUCUGCCACCCAACCACCACCCUCAGCAUCCACCCAGGGCUGGUCUGCCCCCCACCCACAAGCCUCAGCAUCCAUCCAGGGCUGGUCUACCACCAACCCACCACCCUCAGCAUCCUCCCAGGGCUGGCCUGCCACCCAACCACCACAAUCAGCAUCCUCCCAGGGCUGGUCUGCAACCUACCCACCACCCUCAGCAUCCACCCAGGGCUGGUCCUCCAACCAGGGCUUGUCUGCAACCCACCCACCACCCUCAGCAUUGACACAGGGCUGGUCCUCCAACCAGGACUGGUCUGCAACCCACCCACCACCCUCAACAUCCACCCAGGGCUGGCCUGCCAACGAACCACCACCCUCAGCACUCUCCCAGGGCUGGCCUGCCACCGAACCAACACCCUCAGCAUCCUCCCAGGGCUGGCCUGCCACCCAACCACCACCCUCAGCAUCCUCCCAGGGCUGGCCUGCCACCCAACCACCACCCUCAGCGUCCUCCCAGGGCUGGCCUGCCACCCAACCACCACCCUCAGCGUCCUCCCAGGGCUGGCCUGCCACCCAACCACCACCCUCAGCGUCCUCCCAGGGCUGGCCUGCCACCCAACCACCACCCUCAGCGUCCUCCCAGGGCUGGCCUGCCACCCAACCACCACCCUCAGCAUCCACCCAGGGCUGGUCAUCCACCUCUUUCUGUCCUGACCAACCUAGGCUCCCUCACCAAGCACUAGAUCCCUUUAAUCGCCAGCGUGAAUGGCGGUUACGCAGGGCAGAACUUGAAAACCAGGAGAGAGUGAGGAAAGGUGAGCCCCCAAAGGUCAGAAAGGCAAAAGAGAGCUAUCACUAUGAGUGUAAGCUGUGUGGUCAGCCUAAAUCAAAGCAAACUGGACACUCACAGGUACGAGGCAAAUGGUACUGCCCUGCAUCUGGACAGACCCUUGAGGAGUGGAGAAGCUCUUUGUAAAUAUAAGAAAUUCAUUCUUUUUUAUUUAUACUUUUAUUAAUCAUAUUUUUUAUUUAUUUUAAUAUUUCACAAUCACUGUUCAAACCAUUUGCUGUUGCAAAUGGAAAAAAAAAAUUAUGGAAAAAAAUAUUAGUUGCUGAUGCAACUAUUUCCAAAAAAAAAAAAAAAAAAACACAACUCUUGUGGUGUAAUAGCAACACGUCCAUCCUUUGGGUGGGAGACUCCAGGUGCAAAUCCUGGCAAGAGUGUGCAACUGUUGGCCCAAUCAGUAUUUAAUUAAAAAAUAAUUUAUGACAUCAUUUAAUCUGCAUUUUCUACUUUUCUCAUAAUUAUUACUAGAUAUACCCGCACUCAUAAUUAUCAUAACAAAGCAUUAUUAUUCAUACCAAUCCUAUUUGUAUCUGUUUUUAAGCCAUAUUUAAUCAAUUCAUAGCAAUUUCUGAUGA